UUUGGUGAUACAUUCUUACGUCAUUUACUUGUACUUGGUGUGUGUUGCUGAAGCCGUACAACAACAGCCCCCAUACUUCAGAACCCCAGGCUUUAAAAGUGAAACAUCGUCAGUUCGGACAGACCAGUUCUAAGAACGCGGAUUAUAGAACAGUGUAGAGCAACAGAGCACAUCUACUAUUGCGUUUGGCACAGGAAACGUUAGAAAUAGGCGUCAUGUUUCAUUCCAUGUUGCUGUUGCUGUGGGCCGCUGCAGGAUGUCUUGGGGCGCCCGAAUGGGAAACGUUGCAAGUGACGUGGGCUCCACCCGGCAGCACCAGCAACACCGGCUUCGACAACAUGCCCCGGACCGAGGCCCAUGCCGUGACGGAGGGCUGGUCCAAAGUGUCGGACUGUCAAGAAACCCCUAAGUUUGCUGGUAAGCGUUAUGUGAAGGGCGGCGACACCGCCGUGGUCCUCAUCUACGACGUUAACGGCUACAUCGCGGGGAUACAGACCGGGUUUGAGAGCGUCAACGGGUACCCAUACGUCGGCUUGUUGGACCAGCCCUUCGUGGAGUAUAACGGCAAGGAGUACAUCACGGCCUAUUUCCUGGAUCCAAGCACCAUCUGCAGCCGAGGAAGAACUGCACAAGAGUUUGCGACAGAUGGAACUGGGAGCGACCUCUGGAUUCAGAACAGCACCCAGCCCCGCGACAGUUAUAAAGUUCCCCGACUGGAGAGCGAUAUUAGCGGCACCCUGUGGGACAAAGGACGUUGCUUCAACACUAUGGGUGAACACUACUGGUAUGACGCCCGGCUAUACUCGCCCUGUAACAAGUUCUUCCCAGUGUUCCUGCUCUAUAAUGGCGGACGACUUGACGCAUUCGGUUGGGCUUUCAUGGCAACCAUAGCCUCUCCUCGCUUUGAAUAUCCACCGAGUCGCGCGUUCGGGUUUUUCCUGGACCCGGUGCCUCGCUGCCUCUACACACACACAGCGGGAGUAACAACUCUGCACAUCUUUCUCUCCAGUCCGAGGUUGUCGACAUGCUGAUUGUAUGUGUGUGGAGCCCAUGUCUGUGUCUCUAACUGCUGAAAGAAGCGUAAACCUUUACACACUCACUCACAAGUGGACAUUGUAAUAUAUGCUUGUUACCCUGUAAUAAAACCGGGUCAGAAUAUACGUCA